AUGGGAAUAGGUGCGGGUGAGGGUGCGUGGGUGGGUGCCGGUGCGGGAGCGGCUACGGUAGAUGAUGUGGGUGCGGGUGGGGCUACGACUGCGGUAGCGGGUGCGGAUGCAGCUACGAUAGCGGGUGCGGGUGUGGGUGAGGUUGCGGCUGCUGUAGCAGUAGCAGCUGCGGUUGCGCGUGCGGGUGCGGCUACAGUAGCGGGUGCGGGUGUGAUUGUGGGUUCGGAUGCGGCUUCGGUAGCGGUAACGGAUGUGGGUGCGGGUGAGGGUGCGGCUGCGGUAGCGGGUGCGGCUGCGGGUGACGGUGCGGGUGCGGCUUUGGUAGCGGGUGCGCGUGCGGUUACAGUAGCGGGUGUGGGCGUUGAUGUGGCUACGGUUGUGGGUGUGGAUGCGACUACGGUAGAGGGUGCGGGUGCGGGUGCGGAUGCGGGUGAAGGUGCGACUACAGUAGCGAGUGCGGGUGCGGAUGCGGGUGCGGGUGCGGGUGCAGAUGCGGGUGAAGGCGCGACUACAGUAGCGGGUGCGGGUGCGGUUGCGGGUGCGGGUGAAUGUGCGGCUGCGGUAGCAGGUGCGAGUGCGGAUGCGGGUGAAGGUGUGGCUGCGGUAGCGGGUGCGGGUGCGGGUUCGGGUGCGGGUGAGGGUGCGGGUGCGGGUGAGGGUGCGGAUGCGGCUGCGGUAGCGGGUGCAGGUGCGGGUGCGGUAGCGCGUGCGGGUGCGGUAGUGGGUGCGGGUGCGGGUGCGGUAGCGGGUGUGGUAGCGAGUGCGGGUGCUCUAGCGGGUGCGGGUACGGUAGCGGGUGCGGGUGCGGUAGCGGGUGCGGGUGCUGGUGCGGUAGCGGGUGCGGGUGCGGUAGCGGGUGCGGGUGCUGGUGCGGAUACAGAUGCGGGUGAGUGCGCGUGUGCGGGUGCGGAUGUGGAUAAGGGUAUGGGUAUAGGAAUACGUGCUGGUGUGGUGCGUCAAGGGUCGUCUAACGAGCGAGGACACGUCACUCUGCGUGAUCAGCCUAGGGCUCCGCCUUUGUCUUCAAGCUAUAGAGCUAACGAAGCAUUCGUGUUCUCGUGUGACCAGUUUUUAAAUGGCGAACAAUUCCAACCAGCAUCUUCGAGAAACCACUGCGUCAUCGCCGCCAUUGUUCUACUACGCAGUUCAGAUCCCGCUUGGCGACACUGGCGAUGUGACGGUGUCCCGUUUCUAAAGAUGUCUGAUGCUGCAAGAUCUUCAACCAGCGCUCUGGAAUACUCUCCAGCAGCUGCCAUGAAGGGUUCUGGAGAACACGAGGUUCCCCUAGCAGGUGUUUGGAGUUGGCUGGCAUCGAAGCAAACAGUCAUGCAGAGCUGGUGCUGGGACUCAACACUAGAACAUGGAGCGCUGUUGUCGACCUUUAAUUCCAAGGAGCAGCAUAGCCAGGUUGGUUCAUCCAGUCGAUUCCGAAGAUCUUCAUCAGCCUCUUCCAAGCCUCGUGACUUAUGA